GUCAGGCCCGCCGGCACUGAGGCUGGGCGUGUGAUACCCCACCCGGCUCACCGCCACCGUUGAUUUAACACGCUGCCCCGCGAAGCCCGUUCUGCGGCCGCGCCCUUCCCAUCUCCCAUCCCAUUCCCACCGACCGUCCAACUCUACCGCUCACGAACCCUCACGUCACGUCCAAGUAAAUAUCUUACCACAGCCCGCCUACUCUCACACUAGACCAUACGCCCACGUCUCAGACGGCCGCUCGCUUGCCCCGGACAACGCUGAGACAAAAAUCGCCAUGCCCUCCAUCAUGACCCAAAACGCAGGCACUGGUAGCCAGCUGGCUGGCUACCCGUUCGUCGAGGACAUGGACGCCUCGAGCCCUACGUCGGAGAAGUUGUUCAGCUGCGGCAGCAGCAUACGCUCGGAGUCGCGGUCGUCGUCCGUCUCGCCCGACGAGGACAGACGUGUGUGGGAUGAGAAGACGGGGUACGGCGUGGAGGGCGAGCCGCGGAGCGAGGGCGAGGUGUUUGCGGGCAUCGGGCUGCUGCCUGAGGAGGUCUACGAGGAGGCGAUGAACUCUUGGAGGAGUGGGAUCCGUCGGCGCAUCCGUGACAGCGUCGUCUGGGAGUCGGAGGUGCUCGCGAAGAUGCAGGAGGCUGUCCGUACGCCGUUCCUGGACAGGUACUUCGUUUAUACGUCCUCCCUCGGGACGCAUACGUUCUUCAUGAUCUCCUUGCCUGCUUUCGCGUUCUUCGGUUAUGGAGACGUUGCUCGAGGACUUUUGCUGGUUCUUGCGCUCGGAGUCUAUGUAUCCUCGUUCGUGAAGGAUGCAAUCUGCUCGCCUCGGCCAUUCGCUCCUCCCGUUACGAGAUUGACCAUCGGCACGCACCAUCACGAGUAUGGCUUCCCCUCCACACAUACGACUAACAGUGUCUCCAUGGCCCUAUUCUUCUUCACGCUCCUCCACCAAGCCUACAUAAGAUCUGCAGCAUCCGUUGUGUCCUCCGUCAUCUCCCUUCAAAACUCGACGGCCAUCGUCCUUGACGAGGUCGCUGUGCCCUCUCUGAGGCAGGACAUCUUCAUCUCAAGCAAUGCCUACACUGUCUGCGUCGGCGUGCUGCUGUUCUACGUGUUCUCCAUCGUGUACGGGCGGCUGUACACAGGCAUGCACUCGUUCACGGACUGCGUGUGCGGGUUCGUCCUCGGGACGGGCAUCUGGGCUAUUCAUCUAUUCUACAGCGAUGCCCUGCAUGUCUGGAUCCGCGACUCCGACUGGAUAGUCCCCGCCGUGACGAUCCCGGUUUCCCUGCUGAUGGUUCACAAACACCCGCAGCCCGUGGACGACUGCCCGUGCUUCGAGGAUGCGAUCGCCUUCGUCUCCGUCGUGAUGGGCGAGAUCCUCUCGCGGUGGUACAUGUUCCACCACGGGUACGACGAGAGCUUCUUCGUGCGUAUUCAACCCGGCAGUCCCUGGGGCAACUGGGUGGACGCCAUGACCUGGUGGUCCUUGGCCAGCAUGAAGAUGGUUCUCGGCAUCCUCGUCAUCUUCAUCUGGCGUAUCCUCGCGAAGAGCAUGAUGCACUUCGUCCUCCCCCCGCUCUUCCGUCUCCUCGCGCACGCUUUCACGCUCCCGCAUCGCCGGUUCUACACGCCCGCGACGGACUACAAGAACGUCCCGGCCGAGAAGGGCCUCUACCCUAUCCCGUCCGUCAUCGACCUCCCGAGCAUGCUCGAGAUGGAGAUGGACGGCGCGGGCGGCGCGAGUGGGCACCGGUUCGGCGUGCCCGGCGGGAUCUACGGCGAGCGCAACGUCAAGCUGCGUGGCGCGAAGGCGCGGGGAAGGGCCCCGCGCGACGCGUACCCCACGGAGAAGGUCGGCCUCGGGCUGGGCGUGGACGAGUACGGGGCGAAGCGGGAGGAGGUGAAGCACUACGACGCGGAUGUGUUGACGAAGGUCAUCGUCUAUUGUGGGAUCGGCAUGCUCGCGUGCGGCCUCAUCCCUGUCAUGUUCGAGAUGCUGGGAUGGGGUGUCCGUGUGAACUGAAUGCCGAGCGUGCGCUGUCGUGGUCGAUGCGUUCGUGAGUGUGCACGGAGCAGUGUAACGAUUACGAGUCUAACCAGGGAAGUUGUAACGCAUACGCAUACGCAUACCCCCUUCUGUAAUACGAGCGUUGCCUUCGUUUGUUGCUCGCCCCACGAUAAUCUUGUAUCCAUCUUUCGUACUUCGUAUAUCGUACCCAAUUACUGUCGCUGUUGCGUUCAGAGCAAAGAUGGUGCCGUUAGCUGAGACUUGUCGCAUCGUUCCCUCUGGCAAUGGACAGUGACUACAUCGUCGGUAGCUCGCCGCUGUAUGCUGGUCUUUAUUGACAGGCUUUACUGCAACAGAGGCAGAUAUACGUUGGGCUGUCCGCAGUCACGAGCCUCGUCAGAAGGUCCUCGUACUUCGCACCAGCAGGCAACAAGGACUGUAAUAGGCAUUGUCGGCAUCGAC